CAGUAGCUUGAGGUAUUAAGUAUUUACUGCUGAUCAGACUUCAUUACAUUCACUGCUGUGGAAUUACAGUGCUCUGGACUACAGGACCUAACAUAACCGCUGGAAAUCUUUAAAGUUAUGUGCAGAGUAGAAGGACAGAUCAAGGAGAGAGGGUACUGGGGGAGUAAAGCAGAGUUUCUUCUGGCUGUAGCAGGAAAUGUGGUUGGUCUGGGUAACGUGUGGAGGUUUCCAUACCUCUGCUAUAAGAAUGGCGGAGGUGCAUUUCUAAUACCCUACCUGGUGUUUCUGGGGACCUCUGGGAUUCCUCUGUUCCUGCUAGAGACGGCAAUGGGACAGUACACACGAGAAGGUGCCAUUACAUGUUGGCAUCGCCUCUGUCCCUUGGCUGGGGGUAUUGGCUAUGCAGGACAGCUGACAGUGUUUUACGGCUGCUUGUAUUACAUCAUCAUUCUGGCCUGGGCACUUUUUUAUCUCAUCUUCUCUUUUAGCCCUCAGCUGCCAUGGGCCAGCUGUGACAACACCUGGAACACAGAUAACUGUGUAAAUCUUGCUGCAAGGAAUCUGACCCUCAACCACACAGCAAGAAUGAAUUCAACCUCCGCAGCUACUGAGUUCUGGGAGCGCAGAGUUCUGGUUCUCUCUGGAGGUAUUGAGCAGAUGGGUAACAUCAACUGGAGGAUUCUUCUGUGUCUUAUUGCAAUGUGGAUCACAUGUUAUUUCUGUAUCUGGAAAGGAGUCAAAUCUACAGGCAAGGUGGUGUAUUUCACAGCCACAUUUCCUUAUGUGAUGUUACUGGUGUUGCUGAUUCGUGGGUUGACUCUUCCUGGAGCCCUACAGGGGAUCGUGUUUUACCUGUACCCUGAACCAUCCCGUCUCGCUGACCCACAGGUUUGGAUGGAGGCUGGAUCUCAGAUCUUUUUCUCUUACGGUUUGUGUGGUGGCACUCACAUUGUACUUGGCAGCUACAAUAAAUACAACAACAACUGCUACAAAGACUGCUUUUGGUUGUGCCUACUGAAUAGUGGCACCAGUUUGGUGGCUGGUUUUGCUGUGUUCUCAGUCCUGGGCUUUAUGGCCCAUGAAUUGGGCGCUCCCAUCGAGGAGGUGGCAGAAUCAGGUCCUGGUCUAGCGUUCAUAGCUUAUCCACAGGCAGUUGCUAUGAUGCCUCUUCCUCAGUUGUGGGCUGUGUGUUUCUUCAUAAUGAUUAUUUUGCUGGGUCUAGACACACAUUUUGUUGCAGUGGAAGUUAUCAUGACAUCAGUGACAGACCUGUUCCCCAACAUUCUACGCAAAGCUGGACGUCAUGAAAUUUUGCUCCUGCUCUUCUGCCUGAUUUGCUUCUUCAGCCAACUCGCCAUGGUUACAGAGGGGGGAAUGUAUGUAAUCCAGUUGUUUGACUACUAUGCCUCUAAUGGAGCCUGCCGUCUUUUCAACUCCAUGUUCUUCUCUCUGUCCAUGGGUUGGAUCUUUGGUGCUGAGAGAAUGUUUAAUGUCAUUGAAGACAUGACAAAGUCACGACCUAACUGCAUAUUUAAAUUGUGCUGGAAAUACCUGACUCCUCUCGUGUCUCUGGUGUCUCUUGUUUGUUCUCUGGCGCAGUACAAGCCCCUGACAUUUAACCGUUGGUAUGUGUACCCAAGCUGGGCUAAUGUAUUCGGCUGGUUACUGGCCCUGUCCUCCAUUCUACUCGUGCCUGGAUGGGCACUGGGCCGACUUUUGACUGAGAAAGGGAGUCUGAAAGAGCGUUGGCAUCAUCUGUGUAGUCCUGACACAAACUUGCCUCUCACCUACAAGCAACGAGCUAAAGUGAGCAACACAGAGGAAAACUAAACAUGUACUCAUAUAGUAAGGCAUGUUGAAUAAAAACUUGACAAUAAACACUGACAUCUAAUAUGCAUUAUUAAAACAUUAUAAUAAUUAGGUCUGUCUAAAAAAUCACUAACAAUAAUAAGUCAUUGUUUUAUUAUUGAGAUAUGUUUGAACUGCUUGGUUUUUUCACAAAAAAAAAGCUUAUUCGGCAUACUCAACAAUCUCCUAUUUUGAUUUUGGCAUCGUGUCCCCUUAUAAGAGUAUUGUUGUUCAUUAGCAUGCAGUGUCUACUCAGUAAAUCUCUAUAUUCAGCCCACAAUGAUAAUAGUCUCUGAAACCCUACAGCUAUCAAGGUGUUGUCCAGGUGGAAUCCAAUUUAUCAGUCCUCAUUUUACUGGAUAUAUUUGCAUCUUUUGACUUUAUUAAACUUUGAGUUAGUUUACCAUAGCCUCUGAGCAACCCUUUAAUGUGUGGUGAUCAAAAGAACUCAACUUCAGGGUAUCAUGGAGGGAAGAUGUGUCUCAAUCCCAUCAAAUGGCCAAUGGGGUCCCUUAAGGAUCAGUGCUGAGACCUUCUCUAUUCUCCUUAUACACAACAUCCCUAGAACAUAUCAUACAGGCACAUGGCUUUUUAGUAUUACUACUAUGCUGACAACAGACAGAUCUUUUAACCAGAAAGUGCUGCACAACUUUACACAACUUGUAAGUGAACAAUGAUGAUUCAAAGAUAUAUGUCAAAUAUGUGUCAUUUUAUUAGAAUUUGAA